CCGGUUUGGAGGCGAUGCCCGGCCCAUUCCAGCUGACAGGUCACAUGGUGCAGAGACGGUCACGUGGCGCAGUGAUGUCACCAGAGCCAGCAGCCUCUCCAUAUGCGGCAAGAGGAACUUGUUAGUCCCGGGGUCCUUCACACCGGAAGUACCGAGGCACAGACCGGAAGUACCGGUGUAAGGGGGAGGUGGUAGUCAUGCCGAGGAGGAAGCAGUCCCACCCCCAGCCUGUCAAAUGGGGGAGCGAGGACCCAUUAGAUCCAACCCCAAGCAGCCUGGUUCUACAGAGCGAUCUCCUUCUGGGCCAUGAGCUGGAGUUCUCCGACAGCAGCGACCGGCUCCUCUCCUUCUCCAAGGACUCAGAGGAUUCAGUGGUGUGUAAAAUGGAGAUCCCCUGCUACUCCCUGAGUGAGGACGAGUAUUCGGGGUACCGCCCCCUGAGUGCUGACAGUGACCCUGAUGAUGUGGGGAUGGGAGACCUUCCUUAUCCAUGUGGGACCACCUUAGGGGACUCCGCCCGCUGCCUGGGCUGCUUGCCUUGCCUUACGUCUUCCUCCUCGGCGGGGGGCUCCCCUCCUCCCAGCAGUGCUCCCGCCCCCUCCACAGACUCCUCCUCUCCCCAUGGGCAAAAGGAACGAAUUCUCUUCCCCUGCCAACUGUGCCCCUUCUCCACCCACUAUUCCAGUCACCUUAAGCGCCACAUGAAGACUCAUAAUGGUGAGAAGCCCUUCCGCUGCCCCGACUGCCUCUAUGCCUCUGCCCAACUGGUCAACCUCAAGCGCCACCUGCGCACCCACACGGGCGAGAAACCCUUCCGCUGCGACCACUGCGGCUUCUCCUGUAGCAGCCCCGGCAACCUGAAGAGGCACCAGCGAGUCCACACCCAGGAGAAGCCCUACUCCUGUAACCUGUGCCCGUAUCGCUGCAACCAGAGCCGCAAUCUCAAGCGCCACCUUCUGGGGCACCGACGGAGAGGCCAAGAGAGACAGCGUCGUGGGGGGGCUCCCCAGGGAGAUGAGGAAGGAGCAGAGGAAGAAGAUGAAGAAGAGAAAGAGGUUAAACAGAGACACACAGAAGAUGCCCCAGCUGCUGCUCUUUCUCUGAUAUCUGCAGACCUUUCUGAUGCCCUCCUGCCCACCUGUGCCCGCCUGAGCCACGCCUCCUCUCCUCCAGUGCCCUCCACUGCCCCGGGGGAAGGCCUCCCUGAGUUGCUCUUCCCAUUUACCUGCCAGGCUUGUGGGUUGGUACUAGACGAGGGCUGCCACCAGGAUGGGGAUAAUGAGGAGGAAGAUGGGGCAGCAGAAGGGCAGUUUUGCUCUCGUUGCAGCAGUUGCCCAGUUGGGGAGCCCGGGAGCCCCGGCAAAGGAUUUUCUUGUAUUAUCUGUUCCUUUGUCACUCAUUAUCCCAACCAUCUGUCCCGGCACAUGAAGACUCACAGUGGGGAGAAGCCGUAUAAAUGCCAACUUUGCCCCUAUGCCUCUGCCCACUAUGACAACCUGAAGCGGCACCAGCGGGUUCACACGGGCGAGAAGCCCUACAAGUGCCAGCUGUGUGACUACUCCUGUGGCAACCUGGCAAACUUGAAGCGGCACGGGCGCAUCCACUCGGGGGACAAACCUUUCCGCUGCGGCCUGUGUAGUUAUAGCUGUAACCAGAGUAUGAACCUCAAGCGCCACAUGCUGCGCCACACGGGUGAGAAGCCUUUCCGCUGUGCCCAGUGCCACUAUACCACCGGCCACUGGGACAACUACAAGCGCCACCAAAAGACUCAUGGACACGCUGUGGAGGGCUGGAUCCACCCGAGGAGCUGCAACAAAGUGCAACGUUACUCCAACAGUAUAGACUAGUUCCAGGGAGAGAGGGGUGUCAUUGCCAGAGCUGUCUCCCCACACUGUCUCCAGUCUGGCUCAGAUUAGCUGGAAUAACAGAACAUAGAGAACAGAAUUGGCACCCCCUGGCGCUCUCACACCCAUGUCUCACAUACAACUGAUCCUUUAUCCUUGAAAUUCUGUCCCUUUGGGCUAUGAAAUCAAAUGCCAUGUUAACUGCCCAUCAUCUCUCCCACCAUCUCUCCCACCAUCUCUUCCACUAUCUCUUCCACUAUCUCUCCCAUCAUCUCUCCCAC